AAUGACUGUGUUCGCCCUCAAUGUAGGGUUGGUUGAGAGAGCAUGCUAUGAUAGAAAGAGAUGAGAGGAUCAUGCUCGCUCACACUAACAUACGAUUAUUGUGAACUUGCCAUACAUACAAGCAAGCGCGAGUUCGGCGAGUUUAGCCACCACACUGACAGAAAAGUGAUGGUAGUUCAGUGGGAAGAUAGGCUAUUGUUUUGUUUAAGAAAAAUUACGUUGUUGUUACGUUAGGUUAUAGAGAUGUGCUUUUGAAUAAUUUUACCACAUGAAACACAAAGUUUUAUAGACCGUUCCCUACAAUAUUAAAUAUUUUUUCCAAUUACAAUUCAGAUUGUUUUUGUUAAGUAUUUUAUUCAGUUUAAGUACACACACAAAUAAGUGAAAUUCUUUGUUUUACUACAAUCAGAGUUGGUAUGAUACUGCAAUAAUUUCGAAGAAACUUUAUGGGAAAUAUUUUCGGAACGGUGAGGUGACAAAGGCUUUACAAUGACUGUAGAGAAGAGCAAAGGCCCGGAGCCGACGAAGCCGCCGGCGACCAAGAAGGUGGCUCCUGAUGGAGGCUGGGCAUGGAUGGUCUGCUUAGGAGUCAGUUUAGUUAAUUUUUCGACGCGUUCUCUGGAACCGUCGUUCGGACUGCUGUUCAAAGAUCUCCUUGAUGACCUCGGCGUCCACACCACGGGAGCUUCAGUCAUCGCCAGUACCCUGGACUCGGUGGUCAACUUCUCUGGUUUCUUCGUGGGACCUGUGAUAAAGACCUUCUCUUAUCGGAAGGUCUGCUUCGUGGGGUCAACGAUAUGUGCCCUGGGUUUGCUGUUCACCGCACCGGCCGCCAGUAUGGGUCAUAUUAUAGCUACGUACAGUAUUUUGGGAGGUUUCGGAGUAGGUCUCGCUUCAUCAUCGUCCUUCGUAUCGCUAAACCACUACUUCUCUAAGAAGCGGGGGCAAGCUGUCGGUCUGUCCAUGGCUGGUACCGGCUUCGGGCUCAUGGUGAUGCCGCAACUAGUCAAGCUGUUACUAGGGGAGUACGGGUUCCGAUGGACCGUCGUGAUUCUGGGCGCUCUGGCCUUCCACGCGGUGCUAGGGUCCUGUCUUCUCCAGCCAAUUAAGAGGCAUCUUAUAGACGUGCCUGUCGACUGUGAAAUGCAGACUGUAAAGGAAAUGGAAUGCAUACUAGAAAGCGACGAAGAAAACGAAGACAAAUUUGAAAUCAAUCCUUUAGUUGCACAUCCGUUGCCAAAGAUAACAAAGCAGCGAUCCCACACCAACAUGAACCAUCCAUCAGUCAGAACCAUCGGGCUACCAAGAGCCAAGACGUGUGACAAGCCUUUACAAGAGUUUGAGAAAUUUGAGAAGAACAAUAGGUUGUAUCCUGGUUUGACGACAGCGGCGUCUGUUGCUGCGAUGCCGAGAGUGACAUCUAGCGGCAGUAUGAGUGAAGCUGCAAGGAAAAGAAAAGUGUCCGUUAUUUCAAAUAUUUCGAAUAUGGAUUUCACGGGCAGUUACUUGCAGUUGUAUCUUGAUACGGUGGAUGACGACGCGAUACAAAUGAAGCCAAUCAAAAAAGCCGAACCAGAAGAAAAGAAGAAAGGCUUCUUUAGAAAAUUUAUAGCACUAAUGGACUUAGAUUUACUUAAAGACUGGUCGUUUUUGAACCUUUUACUAGGGCUCUCUCUCUUUUGGAGCGGUGAGCUGCAAUUUAGGAUGUUGACUCCUUUCUUUAUAAGAAGUUUGGGCUACAAUAUGAAUGACACGGCGUUUUGCCUUUCCAUGACUGCUAUUACUGAUAUUUUGGUGCGGUUGAUACUGCCGCCCAUAUUCGACAGAACGACUAUAUCUAAGAAAAUGAUAUUCUUCAUUUCAUCUUUCUUUUUAGCAGCUACGAGGUCUGUAUUAGCAGAGCAAUCGGAGUGGGUGCCACUAAUGAUCUGGCUGUCUAUCUGCGGGUUCUUCCGAGGCAUGUGCCUCAGUAACUUCACGCUCACCAUCUCGGAGUACUGUCCCCUGGAGAAGCUGCCCGCCGCCUUCGGGCUACACAUGGUCAGCAAGGGUGUCUUCGUUGUGUGUAUUGGACCUAUUAUUGGUUAUGUGAGAGACUACACAGGAAGCUUUGCUAUCUGCAUCCACGUCCAGAACGCUCUCAUCAUGUCUUGUGUUCUCGUCUGGGGCAUAGAGUACGCCCUCGCCUUCACCCGCCGCAGGAAAGUCGUUCAAAUAUAAACACAACUCAUCUAAAGGAUAAGGAAGCUCAUUGUAUUAUUAUUACAAUUAUAUAUGAGUAGCUCGCUAAUUAGACGUUUGAGGAGCCUACAACCACUUCUGUGAAAGAGACGCCAUAUUGUGCGCCGUCUCGCUUUUUCCUUUAUAACGUGGUAUUAGGCUUUUUGUACUUGUAUGCCUCUUAAAAUACAAGAUCGUAUAACUGACCUUAUAUAAUCAAAACGCCAAAACAUCGCCUAGCAAGACGAAAUGUUUAGCGUAAUAUUUUACACUAACAGUGCAGUCAACCAAUUCUAUUAAAUAACAUUUGAACAGAUUAUAUAUAAAGGUUUUAUGCAAGUUUUCAAUACAAGUCCAUAUCGAUAUCAUAUCAGUAUAGUUGGUUUUACUUGAAAUGGAAUUGAUUUACUGCGCUAUAUCCAUAACGGGUCAAGUUCUCUAGAACAGGACAGUGGCAUUGAUAUAACAAACCGACCGUUAAGCAUAUUGCUUGGCAAUCGUAAUGUGUUACUUGUAUAUAGAUAUUAUUGAUAUCAAUUUAGAUGAAUAUGGUCACACAUAUUGGGGUUAACCACGACAUCUAUCGCAAAAGUGUAGUUGUACAAGAGAGAUGCAGCUAUACACAAUGCAGCGUGCUGUCUCGCUUUUACAACUGUGAGUAUCGUUUAAUCGGACGUGGUGGGCCCCCAGACUUUAUACCUACGUAAUAUGAGCUAUAUUAUAAUCAGAUUAGAAAAGAGCUUUUGUAAACCUCUCUUAUAUAGCUCUCUAUACAUAAUCAAUUGGCAGUGUCUAUUCGUAUUCCCUUAAUAAAACUAACCUAUAUAAUGAUAACGUAAUCUUCCGCGUGUGUCAAAGCUUAGAAUUAACGUUAGAACCAGUGACUUUGGAAAGUGGAACAUCUUCUAGUAAGUAGUUACAUAUAAUGUAACUUUACACUGAUUUUAACGAUUCAUAUUUUUAGAUGGCUGUUUGUAGAUUCGGAAAGUUUUGUAGGUGUCUAUUUUUAGAUGAUAUUAAUUUAUACAAGUAACUUAGUAGUAGGUCUAUCUAAUCUAUCAAAGACAUUUUGGGGGCUGAAUUUAGCCUUCGAUAGACGAUUUUAGACAAUCUGUAGAAGAUUAAUAAUUUGUAUAGAACUUAUAUUCUUUUAUACAUAAAUAUUUAUGUCUAUCUUAACUGAUUGAUUCUUAAAUGAGUCUAAGGUCUAAUAUAAAGUAAAUUGUAGUGACUUUAGAUUUGACGUAAAUACGUCAUGUUUUUAAACAUUGCUUUUUUAUAAAUCGUAGUAAUUAUAAAUAUUAUUGUUUUACGUAAAAAAUGAUGAAUUUUCUUGCUAGAAUCUUAUGUGUCUCUACAAUACUACAUUUUCUAUGACAAGCAUGAAGAAACUGAUUCCUGUUGGUCAGUUUUGUGUUUUUACUUGAAUAUGUUUAAUAAAUAUUUUAUUUGUAAAAUAAUUAGAAAUCAAUCAAUUUAUCGUUAUAUUAAUUAUGCAACCCAUGUUUACAUGUCCUAUUGUCCAUAUGUGAAUUGCAUUUAUUUUGUUGACCUACAAGAUACUACGUUUCGUCACUAUGCUUAAUAAGCGAACUUUACGGCAAGUUAAGUGACGAAAUUAACGUUUGCAACAAUAAUUUGUUUUAAUUUGUAUAAAAAAAUGCAAACGUGACAAUGGUAUUGACUCAUUCUGAGUUCGCAUCACAUUCACACUCAAAGUGUAAACUAUGUAUUAUUUGAAAUGAAUUUGUGUUAGAUCAAAUUUAAAUAGUACCGUUUAACAUUUCAUACUUUUCAAUAACCUAAACACUGAAACCAUGGCAUUAUGACUUAAGUUUAAUUUAAUGGAAAUAUAUUAUUUUCUUAUCAAUAACGCGUCGUAUGAAUCGUUAUUGAUAAGAAAAUAAUCAUUCUGUCAUAGCCCGUCGCAAAAUGUCAAAUGGUACUAUAGAUUUGAAAGUAUAUACAUAACACAUGACAGGGUUUAUAUCCCACGAUUAUAUUUUGAUUUGGACAUAUUUUGUUUUAAAGAAAAUCUCUCUCUUCCAUGUUCUCGUCUUCCAAGAACUAUACAUAUAUAAAUGUAUUCAGCAAUGUGCUUUCAAUGUGUGAUUUAAUUGACCAAAUAUAUGUAUCGUGUACUUAUUUACUUACUAAUAUUUGAUAAAAUGUAGUACUUACAUUAAAGGUAAGAGUUCUAGAUAUUGUACUUAUAACUGAAGGAAUUUUAGACUCCAUGGUCGAAUACUGGAUCGUUAGUCAGUUUAAAGGCGCCGGUAAAUAUGCACUACCACUUUAAGGUGCUAAGUAGACGGUAAGACCGUCUUAAAUAUCAUUAGCGGUCCAGUAUCCGAUGCUUGCACGACAACUGUUGUUUUAAACAUAAUAAUGCAAUCAAUUUUUGAAACUUAUGUGCCAAUUGUACAUAACUCUUUGUAUGAAAUGACGUAAAAUAUUUAUAAAAACAAACUUUACAAUAAUUAUGAAAUGUAAUCAUGUACUUAUUAUAUUAAGCGCACUUAAGUAGGUGUGGAGCUGCAAGUACCUACUAAUCUAAUGAAUUUUUGUUACUUAAAACAUUUUAUUUGCAAUCCAAACUUAUAUUUGGAAAUUCUGGCGGUUAAUGGUAGUGGAUUGUUUAUUUAAUAUGCAUUUAUUUUUUCAUUCCACCUCAGCCCGUUUACUAUGAGCUCUUUGAACAAUACUCAGGCCGUGGCAAAGCGAGAUGCCACUACGUUCUGCUGUAGAGCGCUGUCUCGCUCCCACAGUCUUGCUUCAAGACUUCGUAGUAACAGACACAGUGUAUUAUACACAUAACAUGUUGAGGCGAGAAAAGACAAUUUUAAUAUUUUGCGUAGUAAUUGCUUUAUUAGCAAGCAACAUAUUUCAUAAUAGUAUGGGUUGUUAACAUCAGUUUUGUCAUAAUUUUAGAAUCAAAUUAACACCAGAGACGCAUUAUACACAUUAUAUUCAUAAUCUUGAGCGUGUGAAUGACAUUUAAAAUACUGACAGUAUUGAAUGACGUAAAAUGUCAAUUUAUGGUAAUUAUUAUUAUCAGUAGACGUCCAUGUAUCCGGUAUUCUUGCGGUUUGCUUACUAGCUCAUCGUAACGAUAAAUAUUUUGGCUCAAAUAUUUUACUCUACAAUGAAAAAAUAACUGUAUAAUGUUAAAGUAAUUUUGAUCUUUUUUAACAACAUAAAUUACAGACAGAAAAAGUUUUUACUCAUAAACGCAGUUUAAACGAAAUCAAUUUGUCCGAAUGAUUGUUUCGUAUAAUUUUAUGACAAUAAUUUUGUUGAGUUUUGGUAAUUAGAAUGUAGUUGUUGAUUAGCUUUAUUUUAAAAUCAGUUGAAUCUGUUAUUACAGAAUGUCUGCUCAAUAAACUUCGUAUAUUCGUUUCACAUAACUAUCGACAUUUAUUAUCUUAAGAUUAAACAUGGUAGUAGAAAUAGUAAGUACAAUUUUAAUUAAUUUAGAAGUUGAAUUUUAAUGAGCAGACAUUACACUUUUAUGGAUGGUGCGAGACUUAGCCUGUAUGUUAUAUAGUUAACCUAUUUUAUUAAUCAUAUGUAAAAUUUAUAGUAAAACAUUUUAUAUAAAACAAAAGAGGCAAGAUGAUGGAUUAAAGUAAAAGGUGGUUACCGA